CAGCCGUCGCUGUGACGCGGCAGUUAGCUUAGCUCUCCGGACGGCGCCGAACGUCAAAGCAGGUUCCCGUUUUUUUUCUCCUGUCAACCGGACGGAUUACAAGAGAGCUCCGUCACCAUGGGGAAUGUAUUCACAAACUUAUUCAAAGGCCUGUUUGGCAAAAAGGAGAUGAGGAUUCUUAUGGUCGGGCUCGAUGCUGCUGGAAAAACAACCAUCCUCUACAAACUGAAGCUCGGAGAGAUCGUCACCACCAUCCCCACCAUCGGUUUUAAUGUUGAAACUGUAGAAUACAAGAACAUCAGCUUCACGGUGUGGGACGUGGGCGGUCAGGACAAAAUCAGGCCGCUGUGGCGCCACUACUUCCAGAACACUCAAGGGCUCAUCUUCGUGGUGGACAGCAACGACCGGGAGCGCGUGAACGAGGCGAGGGAGGAGCUCUCCAGAAUGCUCGCCGAGGACGAGCUCAGAGACGCCGUGCUGCUCGUUUUCGCAAAUAAACAGGAUCUCCCCAACGCGAUGAACGCCGCCGAGAUCACAGACAAGCUGGGCCUGCACGCCCUGCGCCAGCGCAACUGGUACAUCCAGGCCACCUGCGCCACCAGCGGGGACGGGCUGUACGAGGGCCUGGACUGGCUCUCCAACCAGCUGAAGAACCAGAAAUGAUCCAUUCCAGCCGCUUUUUGACUCGGUUCUCUUGUUUUUUGUUUUGUUUGUUGUUUAUUUCUCUGUUUCAACACAGCGGCAGCACCGGACCCAGGCCCCCCACCCCCCACCCGCUCUUUACCGCCACCUCCCUUUAGCUCCCAUCUACCCCCCCCCCACACACACACACACACAAAUCUACAACCCCAGCUCUUUCUUUCAAGAACUUCUUUCAUCCCCUCCCUCCCUCCUGCCCUCGUCAGUACUCUCGGGGCUGUAGCCUGUGCUGCGUGUGUGUGUGUGUGUUCAGUGAGUGUGUGUGUGUGAAGGCUGUGUAUGUUGGCUGGGAUUGGGAGUAACCCUGGCGUGCCUUUUACACCUCCUGUGGAAUCAGCAGUCUGGUUUUCUCCAUCCACCAAACUCAGCCUCUGUCCCCCUCAGCCCCCCCCCCUCCAAGUCUUGCACGCCCCCCCGCAACCCCCGCCCGCCCUCCCUCCCCCACCCUUUCUUUCCAGGGGAAGCAUGGUUUUCAUACGGCAAAGAAAGAGCAAGGGUCCCUGUAGUAUAUAUAUAUCUAUGUUAACUAGAAAUGUUCACCUGAUGUAGACUGACUGCUAAAUGUUCAUUUUAAAACUCCUUUUUUUGAUUUUGAACCCUCAAACCCACCAGUAAGAGAUUCAGUCUGUUGCAUCUUAACCUGUAUCAGGUCGAAGCAAAUCAAAAAACAGGAAAAAGGACAAACAACAACAACAAACGCCCAUCCUCGAUCAUUCUGGUGUCAUUUGAAAAUCAUGCUGUUUGUUUUAUUAUUAUUAUUAUAUUGGAAUAUAACAGUUUAUUCUUAGCAAUGGUUCUCCAAUGAACACUAUCCCCCCCCCCUGCCCCUCCCACCCCCCUCCCCCCCAGCAGGUGAGACUGAAGCACAAAGCAAGCCAACGAUUAAAAACUAAUUAAAUAGAAUCUGAGACUUUAUGCAAUUCUUGUGGAAUUUUUUUUAGGGGAAAUUAACAUUUAAUUCUCCUGAUUUAAAUUAGAUGUUUUUUCGAGUCGACCAUCGGUCCAACGAACCAUUGCGACUAAAAGCAGGUGAAGGGCAUUUCACGACCUCCCGACCAUCCCAGAGCUUCACGCUCCUUUACGAGACGUUACCUGUGUUUGUUGUUUAUUUCCUCUGUCACUAGUUUGAGCGUUUCUAUUUGUACUUAUGACUGCUGAACCAAAUGCAUUUUUUUUUGAGCAGUACGACAAAUCCUGUAAAUGAGUGAGUCCCGGGUCGGGCCCGGCGAGGAUUUUCUCACCAACGGUUGGCGGUUUUACUUUGAAAAUCUGAGAAAAAGGCAUCCAGCCGUUUCCUGUCGGGCUGAAAGGUGAAGGAUCGGCACCAAAUAUGAAGGCUCUCGAACUGAACGCUGCAGCGCCGCUCCUCCAGGAGGAGACCAGCUGGGAGGAGGUGGAGGAGGAGCGGGCGCUUCGGCCGGCGUUCUCGGUGUCGUAAACGAAGCGCGGGGGUUAAGCUGGCACUUCUGUCGAGAAUGAUUGUAAAUCUGUAACGUUCCCCUGUAAACUGUUUGUGGGGAUUUCCUGAACACAUUAAUAAACAUGAUUUGAUCCAA